CACAUCGGGCAGGUGAUCAUGUCCAUCCGCACCAAAGCCCAGAACAAGGAGCACGUGGUGGAGGCGCUGCGCAGGGCCAAGUUCAAAUUCCCGGGGAGACAGAAGAUCCACAUCUCCAAGAAAUGGGGCUUCACCAAGUUCAACGCCGACGCUUUCGAGGAGAUGGUGGCUCAGAAACGUUUGAUCCCCGACGGCUGCGGCGUCAAAUACGUCCCGUCCCGGGGACCCCUGGAGCGCUGGAGGGCUCUGCACGCCUGAAACCCCAAAAAA